UGAAGGGGGUUGGGAAGGAUUUACAGAGUAAUAUUGCCCUCCUAGGGCCACCGUAGUUCAAUCUUGCAGCUACUAUUAUGUUGUUUUAGGGGCGGAGCCGAGAGGAAAUUUAAACCGAAGCCGCGGCCGAGAGCGUUUGGAAAGUGAGUCUCUAGUUACAGAGGAGCUCCUGGGGCUCGGGAUUCCUAAGGAGCUCAUGGAGUCCGCGGAUGCAAUACGGCGGCUUUGAGGAAGGACUACGGAGACCAAGAAAAGAGCCUAGGAUCUGGGGGAGCAGGGAAAAGGGCGACGAUUGCCCUGAGCUGGAGAGUUCAAUGGCUGAGAGUGGUCUCCGGGCUCCGGACCCUGGGGCGCGGCGGCUAAGAGCGGCCAGUUGUCUGGGAAGAUGCCGGAAGAGCCCACUAGACGCUGGGAGGCGGCGGCCCUUUUCCGGAAAGUCCUUUUACUUGGAUCUGCCCGCUGGCAAGAACCUGCAGUUUCUGACCGGGGCCAUCCAGCACCUGGGCGGGGUAAUUGAGGGCUUUCUGAGCAAAGAAGUGAGUUACAUCGUGUCCGGCCGCCGGGAGGCCAAGGCAGAAAGCCGUGGGACGAGGCGCAGAGGCUGCUCCAGCCCCGGUGAGGUCGCCGGGGACGCGCCGUCCAGGGCCGGUACGCCGACCAGCCACACCGGGCCUCCACGGAAACCCACGGACUCGGUGCCGCUGAGCCGGGGCCAGGAGCUGCUGCAGAAGGCCAUCAGAAACCAGGGGAGCAGCAGCAGCAGCGUCCUGACCAACGCCCGCUCCUGGGGAGUGAGGAUCCUGCGCGUGGACGAAAUGAUGAUGUGCGUGCAGCAGCUGUCAUUGGAUGUCUUGCGGCUGAAGACACGAGGGCCAGAGAAGCCCGAGGGAACACGUCCAGCCGAGUCAAGAACGCGGAGAGUGGCCAGACUGAAGGCACCGUUCCUCAAAAUCGAAGACGAGAGCCGGAAGUUUCGUCCUUUCCACCAUCAGUUUAAAUCCUUUCCAGAAAUUUCUUUUCUGGGACCCAAAGACGCAAGUCCCUUUGAGGCCCCGACGACCCCGGGCAGCUCACACCGCACCAGAGAGCCCAAGGGCCAGGAGGCAGGCCGGUGGCCCGCCGCCCGCGCCGCACGCAGGAGGAGGAAGGGGUACUGCGAGUGCUGCCGCCAGGCCUUCGAGGAGCUCCACGGGCAUCUCCAGAGUGCCCAGCACCGGGGCUUUGCCCGGGAAGCCCACCCGUACGCAGAAGUCGAUCGCAUCAUCGCCCACCUCAGCCACAGCUUCGUGGACAUCCCCUUCCAGGCCAGCCUCCGCAGGCAGCCAGGCUCCCCAGCUUCGGAUCGUGACCUCCUGUGUCCUGAGACGCUGUCUCCCAGCCCGCCCGCCUGUGGCGGGGCAACAUCUCCCAGGACAAGGGAGGAAGAGGACCACCAGGCCCCAGGCAGCCCGGGACAGGACGGGGUGGUGGGCCGCGCGAAGGCACCAGCUGACUGUGUGGGGGCUGGUGCGGGGCCUGGACCAGCAGCAAGCGGCCGAGACCUGGGGGCGUCGGCUGACACCACCGUGGACUCCCCAGGGACACUGGUGUCCGGGAGCCCGACUUGCCAGUGCCUUCCGACCAGCUGCGGUUUCGAGGACCUCUCCUCUGGCUCGGACCCAGCGCCUGUUGGCCACAAGCGGAAGGCUCAGUCCCCCGGUGGCAAUGCCAAGAAGCGGCCAGGGGUCUCCUGGCCACAGGCCUUUGCCCCGAGAGCACUCAGCCCCUGUGGCACCUGGACAACCGAUGGCAGGCAGCUCUUCUCCCUUCCCCUUCCAGGCCAGGAGUCCAGCCCUCUGGCCUCCGUCCUGCCUUUGUGCCCCCCACAGACCAGCCUUUCCCUCCCAGACUCCUUUUCCUGGCAGCGCACAGACAGGCCGGCCGAGCCCUGGGCCACACCGGCCCCCUGGCCUGGGGGAGGGUGCUCCCCGGGUUCUGAAGAUUCUGAGUGCACAGCCCCUAGCCCUGUCUCUCAGCAGACUGACCGGCCUCCCAGCUGCUCUGCAGCUGCAGGCCAGCUGGCAGCCCACCUGCACUCAGCUGCUGCGCACGUAGCCCCCGGGGGGCCUGCAGAGAGCCAGGCUACCCCUCUCCCCAGCCCUCUGCCAGCCGGUGGGGGAGCCAGCCUCUCCCGGCCCCCUGCCUCCCCAUCGCCCGGCACCAGCAGCAAACUGCUCUCGUGCGUCACUCAGGGCACGAAGCUCUUCUUGGGGCCAGAGCUCUGGCUGGAGGGCCAGGUGUGGAGAUACCAGUUAUACCUGGCCCAGUGCUGCACACCAAAGGCCAGGGCGGAACAGACACAGAGGAGGUGAGGCGCAGCACCCCAGGGCCUCUCCAGCAUAGCCAGAAGGAGCCUGAGGCCAGGCCUUUGAAGUUCAAGUGAACAGCUGUGGCCACGGCCAAGCUCUGGGCUGGCCAGACCCGGUCCUCCCGCCCACCCGGGCUUCAGGUGAGACCCAGGGAGCGUGGGCGUAGGGACCGCCCUCUCCUACCCCUGCCUCCAGCCGAGUUCCUGGCUGGGCAGGGAUCUGCGAUGGGCUUGUCCAGCCAUGGCCAGCCGCCUGCUUGCCAGGAGGCAGAGGCAAGCUUGGCACAGGAAGUGAUUACAGAGAAGCUGGAGCCGCGGGAACCCUGGCCUGGCUUCCUGUCCCUCCGCAGGCACUUGCCUCUCUGCAGAGCCCAGGGUUGGUUAGCGCUCCCCACCCCCACCCCAGCCUCCUUUCGCACAAGCAUGUGGCUCUCCCCUGCCUUCUGCGAUGCCUGUGUGCGUCCCCUCCCCCAGCCCCCCACGCUGCGCACACAGAUCCUUGGGAACAUAUGAAGCAGAGGAGGGGCUCGGUGGCUGCACUCACAGGGCUCCCUCCCCCCGCACUCAGUGGGCGCCCAGCACUGACCUUGCCCCUGAGCCCAAGAUGUGGCCAGGUCCCCGUCUGGGGACAGGCCCCUCUCUGCUCUUCCCUGCAUCUGGGCCGCCCACCUGGGGCUCUGUUCCAGGGUCAGCAGCUCCCCAGCCAACUCCUCCAUCAUCCUCUUCGCUCCCCCCUCCCUCCCUCCCUCCCUCCCUGAGGACCUCCCCCCAUUUCCCUCCGCCGAGCCAUUAAUCCGGAGACAGAGAUGGGUUUGCUAUCGAUUCUUGAGCCACUUUUUUUUCUUUAUUACAUUUUGUACUGUGGUUCUUCUCA